CUCGCCAGAGUUACAACAGUUAGAACCUUUUAGGAAUGGUUGCGGCGUUUUCGUAGACCUUUGUUAGUUAAGCUUAAUUUUUAGUACAAUAAUUUUAAGUAGUUUCAAUUAAAAUAACCAUGAAGAAUCUAUCGAGUACGUGUGUCUAUUGCAUUGCGUUGAUCGCAAUUGGACAUUGGAUUGAACUUAGGGCAGCGGAAGAACUUGAUCAAGGAGUGCAAAGUGUAGUGAACCAAGAAGACUCCACGGGAGUUCCGGACGAUGGAGGAGGAAGCAAAAGUGUAGUUCUUUCCCGAAAAAGACGUUUCCUACAGUUUCCGGAAGGAAGUUCCUUUCAAGUUGUGUACGAUCAAACCAUCCCGAUCAUCGGCAGCACUCUGCUGUUCACGGUGGGUGUCACGUGUGCGUUGGCGUGGCAACUGCCCAGCAUUUCCCUGCUAGAGAUCUUCAAGAUGCUCCAAAAUGAUCCCACGUUAGCGUUAGGACGUCGAAGGGACGAAAACGUCACUGGGACCAUCCUGAUUGAUACCAACUCCACCAAGAGUCACUUUGACAUGGACAACAAACACUCGUACUACUACACCGCCAACAGUCCCGGAGCGUACCCGGUCGGAUCGACGGGGACGAAAAACAUGUUGAGCUAUUACCAACAGCCAGGUCUGUCCAAUCGAGUUAAUUACUACACGAGUAGCAGUGGUCCUACGUGGCCACCGAAUACCGCCACCGGUGGGCCAGACUUUGGAAAAAUGCCGCCCAAUUUUUUGUCACCCUACAACUGGACCAGAAACGAUUGGAGCAACGUCGUGAACAGAUACCUUCAAACCUGGGUGCGGAACCAUCCGCCCAACUUCCAGUUCGGCCGGCGGCGGUUCUAUCCGGUGUUUGGCAAGCGCAGCAUCGACGCACACACCCACCCGGAGGACAAGUUCUUCCUGAACCAUCACCGUUCGACGCGGCACGAUCUGUACCAGAAGAUUGAGAAGUUCCUGGAAGCUCAGGGCAAACAUGGCCACCAUUGUGUACUUCGGGCCCUGUGUGAAAGUGGCCAACGAAGGGACGCCAACGAGCCGGAAUCCUUUCUACGAGAAAUAUUGAAGGCCGUUUUUAGUUUGCCCAGCACGCACGAGACCCCAGAGCAUCACGUUCACCGCAGGUACGACGAGGCCCAUACCCACGUGGGCGACUGCGCCGAGCGGUACUCGUUCUGCGCGGACAGCAUUUGGUCGGACAACUUCAUCUUCUAGCGGUUUUUGACGGCUUUGGCCGGGCGCAGUCGCCGGUCGGCUGUCAGUUAUUGGUGCCAAAUAUUUUUAAAAACAAGUGGAUUUUAUAUGUGUAAUAAAUAGGAAGAACGUUUGUA